AUGGCUAAUGGCUGCAUUUGUCCUAAAAUGUCUCUCCUUCCACCUCUGCAGGAUCAUCCUUAUUUCUUCACCUAUAGAAAUACUAACGACUUGCCUGUAGUCCAGCUGCAAACCAGGAAGAAGGCAGAGGAGAGAGAAGGAGCAGAAGUCCUAUGUCCAGACAAGACUCCCUCAGCCAAUGUGCCCACCUCAGUUCAUAGGCUGAAGCCUGCUGACAUCAAAGUUAUUGCAGCUCUGGGUGAUUCACUCACGGCUGGAAACGGGGCAGGAUCCAGAGCCAAUGAUAUCCUGGAUGUCUUGACCCAAUACCGAGGCCUCUCUUGGAGUGUCGGAGGAAACGAGAACAUAAGCACAGUCACCACGUUAGCAAACAUUCUCAGGGAAUUCAACCCUUCCCUGCAAGGCUUCUCCAUUGGGACCGGACUGCACACGAGCUCUAGGGCCUUCCUCAACCAGGCAGUGGCCGGAGACAGAGCUGAGGACCUGCCCGUUCAAACUCGGAGAUUGGUGGACCUAAUGAAGAAUUCUCCUAAAUUCAAUUUCCAGGAAGAUUGGAAGAUAAUAACCAUUUUUAUAGGAGGGAAUGAUCUCUGUGAUUUCUGCAGUGACCCAGUCCGCUAUUCUCCCAGUAACUUUAAAAGAAAUAUAGAGAAAGCAUUGGACAUUCUUCACGCAGAGGUUCCUCGGGCCUUUGUGAAUCUGGUCACGGUGCUUGAGAUUGUUGGUCUGAGGAAGCUGUAUCAAGAAUAUAAGGUCUUCUGUCCACGGCUGCUGCUCAGGAGUCUGUGCCCUUGUGUGGUGAAGUUUGCUGACAAUUCCGCAGAAAUUGCCUCCCUCAUCCUAUUAAAUAAACAUUAUCAGGAAGGAACGCACCAACUUAUUGACAGCGGAAAGUAUGACACGAGGGAAGACUUCACGGUGGUCAUCCAACCAUUUCUGGAGAAAGUUCCUAUGCCCAUGACCCCGGAGGGCUUGCCUGACAGCUCUUUCUUCGCUCCUGACUGUUUCCACUUUCACAGAAAGGCUCACAGCCGGGCAGCCAGUGCUCUCUGGAACAACAUGCUGGAACCUCUUGGCCAGAAGAAGACUGAACAGAAUUUUGAAAAGCUAAUCAAUAUCACAUGCCCGACUCAGGCUCAACCCUUCCUGAGCACCUACAGUAAUAGCAACUACACGUACCCAAAACACUUCAGUUCAACGCCUCCCCUUCCCACCAGCACACCAGCAAACCAGGGUCUUGGGAGCCAAUUGCUGUGUGAGGACAAAUCCCCAUCUGCCUCUCUUCCCAAAUCAGUCCAUGCCCUGAAACCAGCGGACGUGAAAGUUGUCGCGGCCAUCGGAGACUCUCUGACUGCUGGCAACGGAAUUGGCUCCAAACCAGGCAACCUUGAGGAUAUAACUGCCCAGUACCGAGGCCUGUCAUACAGUGUGGGAGGAGAUGCCACACUAGAGAGUGUGACCACGUUACCUAAUAUCCUCCGGGAGUUUAACGGGGAUCUCACGGGCUACGUCACCGGUGUCGGGGAGGCCAGUGAUCACAACGCUUUCCUCAACCAGGCCGUUCCGGGUGCGAAGGCAAAGGGGCUGCUGAGCCAGGUCCAGGCCUUGGUGCAGAGGAUGAAAGACGACCCAAGAGUAAAUUUCCAGAGAGACUGGAAAGUCAUCACCGUGCUCAUCGGCAUCCGUGACUUGUGUGACUACUGCACUGACUCGAAUUUGUAUUCCGCCACGAAUUUUGUUGGACAUCUCCAGGCUGCCCUGGACACGCUGCACAGAGAGGUUCCUCGAGCCCUGCUCAACCUCGUGGAGGUGAGGAACCUCUCCCUUCUGAGACAGGUCUUCCUAGAUGACCGAGUUAAUUGUCCAAAGCAGCAGGCAAGCUAUCUCUGUAACUGUGUCCUGACUGUCAGAGAAGGCUCUCCAGAACUGGCCAGGAUAGAAGAAGUCACAAGAGCCUACCAGAGUGGCACCCACUGGCUGGUGGAGUCGGGCCGAUACGAUACCCGGGAGGAUUUCACAGUGGUGCUGCAGCCUUUCUCCCGGGACAUCAAGCUUGCCUUUCUUCCGGACGGUCGCCCAGAUAUUUCCUUCUUCGCACCCAAUUGCUUCCACCCAAGCCAGAAAUUCCACUCCCAGCUCUCCCGGGCCCUAUGGAAUAACAUGCUUCAGCCAUUAGGAAGGAAGACAGAGUCCCUGGAUUUGGCAGCUGAUGUUCCCCUGUCCUGCCCAACUGUGUCUGAACCCUACCUGGCAACACACAGGAACAGUAACUACACAUAUCCGCCUGGCCCACCCAUUCAGAACUGGGGGAGUGAUUUGCUGUGUCCUGAGAGGAGUCCAUCAUCCCAGAUCCCCACAUCAGUCCACAAGCUCCGACCAGCAGACAUCAAGGUGGUGGCAGCUCUUGGAGAUUAUCUGACUACAGGUGCAGGAGCUCGUGCCAGCGACUUCCGUGACCUAACCACAGCGUGGAGAGGACUCUCAUGGAGUAUCGGAGGAGACGGGACCCUGGAGACUCAUACCACAUUGCCCAAUAUUUUAAAGAAGUUUAAUCCUCAGAUCUAUGGCUAUUCCAUUGGCACGGAGGAGGGAACAGCUGGGUUUAAUGUAGCAGUUGGAGGGGCCAAGGCACAGGAUAUGCCAAGGCAGGCCCGAGCCCUGGUGGAACGAAUGAAGCGCAGCCCGGAAGUCAACCUGGAACGAGACUGGAAGCUGAUCACGUUGUUUGUCGGUGGCAAUGACCUCUGUGUGUACUGCAAGGAUGAGGAUACUCACUCGGUGGAAAAAUAUGUGCAGCACCUUGAACAAGCUCUGGAUAUUCUCUCUGAGCUCCCUCGAGUCUUCGUCAGUGUUGUGGAGAUUUUGGAGAUGGCUGGUCUUCGACAAAUACACGGGGAAAAAUGUCCGGUGCCGGUUCAGGAUUUUUGUCCUUGCUUUCUACGGCCCCAAGAGAAUUCCCCUGAGUUACAAGAAAUGAAGGAUGUAAACAGAGCUUUCCAGAGCAGCAGCAUGCUGAUGGCCUACAGCCAGAAAUACAUGCAGCGGGAAGAUUUUGCUGUGGUGCUUCAACCAUUUUUUCAAAGCACUCAUAUUCCACUGGAUAAUAAAGGAAAUGUUGACCUGAGCUUCUUUUCUGUGGAUUGUUUCCAUUUCUCUGAGCGGGGCUAUUCUGAGAUGGCCAUCGCCCUCUGGAAUAAUAUGCUGGAACCUGUGGGUCAGAAGCGGAUAUAUAACAACUUCACAUACAGCCGAACCAAACUCAAGUGCCCUACUGAGGACCACCCGUAUCUCUUCACACUGAGGAACAGCGGGCUGCCGGAAAACCACUUCAAAGGGCAACAGAGCAGCCCAUGGGAGGUGCCUUUCUGGAUUGUGCUGGUGGCCGCAGUGGGCAGCCUGGUAGUGGGUGCUAGCAUGGCCGUGCUGUGGAAAAGCAGGAAACUACCCUACAGAGGGGCAGAGGCUCCAGCAGACCUAAUGGUCACGGCCUUCUAAACCCUAACUUCCUGCUGGGCCUCCAACCAGUAGAACUCCUCACGGGUUUCUUUCUACCUCAGGCUUCUUUCAGAGCCAAGAUCACAAACAAAUGCACAAUACGGUGACUGCAGAAGCCCCCGGGGAAUAGCACUGAUUUUCUGGGGCCAAGUCUCCUUUAAAUUGC